UUUUGCAAGAAGUAAUGUUUAAUGGGUCUAUUUAUGGAAUUAAGGUUUUAACGUCCAGUUUUAAUGCCUGGCUUUUGAAUCGAAGAUCGCGUGACAUGCAAUGAACGGUAUAAAGUCACACGAAUCUAAUUUCGAAUUGAUUUGCAACUUACGCGUCAGACGCAGUCAUGUCAGUUGACAAUGGGAUGAAUCAGCUGGCAAAUGUUGUCAAAGCACCAACGGCGUUAACUGUCAGCGACGAAAAUAGUAAAUGGAGAACUGAAAUUGAAGAAAUGGAAAAUAACUCGGAAAAGGUCUCCUCCAUAGCUGAUAUGAAUAUAACGACUUAUUCUGAAGAGGAAUCGCUUAAAGAGAUGCCGCGUCAGACAGAAAGAGUACCGCUCAAGCGAAAUUCUGAUGAAGACUACGUGGAUAAUAAACGACAAAGAACAGAAGGAGAUCAAGCUGCUAUGACUCGGUCAAAUGACAGGGAAAACGUUAACAGUACAACAGGAGAUGAAAAACAAGAAGGAGAAAAUCAAACAGAUGAGCAAGAACGAAAAGUUAUUAUCAGUAGGUGUUAACUAUUCUUUUGUUUUUCAGAUAAGUGUUAAGCUGUGAAUACGUUAAACUUUUAAUAUUUUACAACAACACUUAUGAUGUAAGGAGCCUAAGAAACAGGACUGAAUUUCCUUAAAUGCUUAUAUAUAGAGGCUACCAUGAAAACUACAGCAAAAUUAUUUCUUAAAAAUAUUUUAAAAAAUUAUAACAAGAAGAUCCAUGUGUGAAGAAUACAGGUGAAUGAUACUUUAUUAAAAGCUUUUACUCAGUUACAUAGUUAUUGUCAGCAUUCACUUGUACAGGGGACUCUGCAGUGGUUUGCAAUGAAGAUCUUCAAUAGACUGGUAAAUAAUACAUCCCCAAGAGUUUGGUAAAUUAUCCAACAAUAGUUAUUUAGGAGCAGGUGUUGAUCAUGUAGAUGGACAAGCUAAAUAAAGACACUUCAUCCUUUAUAAUCUUGAUGAAAAUUUUCAUUUUCUAUAGAGUUAACAUAUCAUCUAAAAUGUGGCUUGAUUAGCCAGCCAAGGCUUAGAAACGGCACUAGAUGACAUGUUUCAUGAGUUAAGGAGAGCUUUAAUUGUGGGGAGGACACCCAUACUGUUAACUUUUUCUGUUGAGACUGAGUGCACAUAUCUUAACUAGAUAAUUAUUGUUGUCCAUAUGAAUGUGUGUCACUUUUCACAUGUCUUAAAACUUUUUUGAUAAGAGUAAAAAAGGCUUAACAGUGCAUUGAAGUGAUAUUAAAAUGUUCUUGAUAAUAAUUAGUCAUUUGCAUCUGUUGUUUAUGUUUGUGAUGAAAAUUUUUAAAUAUGACUAAUAUAAAUGAACAGAGCAGGUGUUUCCCAUUCUUUCAACUCUAAAUGAGUGACCAAGACGGAGUUUCUCCUUACAAUAUCAAUACAAUAUCAAGCAGACAAGUAAUGAGAAUAAAGAAAAACAUCAAUAGGAGAUUGUUGGUUGAUCUAAUACCAAAUUCUGUAAACUAAAAUCAUAAGAAUUAUUUGUAAUACAGUAAGGAGAAUUAAUAACUAGAUCUAGAGAGUGAAAGGGCUAAGGAAUGAUUUCCUGAGUGAAAAGUCUCUUUUUAUUCUAAUAAACUAUAGCAAAAAUAAUUAAAAUAAGCUUGAUGAAUCCUAUAUUCCCUCACUGUGUUCUUUAAACAUACACUAAGACACUUAAUAACUCCCUUAUGUUUAAUGGGUGUAUUUUACUUAAUGUUUGCUUUGUCUCUUUUAGUGAAGGGAAGUCUGCCAAAGCUGGCAUUGCCAGAGGGUUGGAUAGCACUUAAUCAUCGCAGUGGAGGAAUUGUUUAUCUCCAUAAGCCAUCGAGAGUGUGCACUUGGUCUCGUCCUUAUCAUAUUGGCGGUGGAAGUGUUAGGGUAAAAUUUUCUUUAUGUUUCAUACAACAUAUUUCAUUUGAAAGCAAAGACAGGAUGGCACUAUUUACUUGCAGUUUUUUCAGAGGGCUUUGUUAAAAAUCUAUUACAAGUAUUUUGAUUCUUGACAUACCAAGUAGGAUUUGGAAGAGUCUUUAGUUUGCUUACAGAAUUAGGUACCCAUUUUUCUAUGUUAGUAUUAAAUAGGGUUGAAGAUUCUUCAAAAUGUUCCAAGGAAAGUUUAAAGGCAAAGGGGUAUUCUGUAUAACCUAAAUACAAAUUAGGAAGUGAAACAGAACCUGAUGUAGUCCAGACUUUGGUUAGAAAAUUGUGGGAACAAAUUAUUAUCAUUAUGUAUGCUCAGAAGGCUUUCACCAUUUCAAUCCGGUGGGUGUCCAAAAAAAAUUUUGUUUUAAAAGAAAUAUCAAGUGAACACCUUUUCAGGCAGACAGUAAAUCAGAAGAAAGAAGGAUAUCAGCUGAGGGAUUUUGUUUGAUUUGACAACAAAUUCUCAGAGCUAAAGAUUUAGAAAACAUAAAGCAUAAAGAAUUGAUAUUUCCAGGUUAUAUCUUGGGAGUAAGUGGGCUAAAGCAGAAAUGUUUAAACAACUGUUACAAUAAGACUGAUCUCUUAUCUUUCACUUGCCUGCAUCUUGCGCUUGCCUUAAAACUGCUACUGGUGGGUCUUUACUGCCUACGAGUUGCACUUUUAGUCACAUGCAAGGAGCAUAUGUAGAGUGAAAUGAGAAUUAUUGUAAUGGAGACACUGCUUAUCCUGAGCGUUCUUGUAACACAUUGUUUAGAACUACCUGCCUCAGUCUGUGGGUAUUAUGGAUCUGACCUGGGUAUACAAAACUCAAUAGAGACUUUUUGGGGGUCUAGCAUCUUAAAUAAGUGUUUGUUCAUGGAAAGAGUACCAGGAUCAUUUCUUUCAGGAAAUGCUUCAAAGAGAAACAUUUGUGAAGAGGGUAGCCUGAAUUUUUUAAGAGGUGCCAAACAUGAAAGCUGGAAUUGGAUCAGCCUAUAUUAAAUUCACCUCUCUUCCCCUCUGUUCUUUUUGUAUCCCUUUUAUCAUGAUCAUCAAAGGUUACUUUAAUCUGAGAGACCCACUGAGCUAUAAGGAAAGUAUGAGAACUGUUUUGUCACUGGGAGACUUCCAGACAAAUGAGGAGGGUUGGCAUUUGUAUGUGUGUUUAUUCUUUAAGUAUUUAUUUGCCUAGAAGCCAAGCCCCCAAACUUGAGAUACUUUAUUCUUUACUAUUAGUUAUAUUUAGUAAUCAACAGCAUAAAAACAAGAAGUACUGUAAUCUGAACCCAAUUCAUUGUUCUUGACUGUCAGUUGAAAACUCUUCCAAAACUCAGUAUGUAGAAGCCACAAGAGUCAGUCAAAUUAAGAUAAAUUUUGAGUUUCUGCUGUUAAAUAAAUGUCUGUACUAUAAACUGUAAACUUUCAGAAACAUGAUGUACCAUUGGCUGCUAUUCCAUGCCUCCACCAGAAAAAGGGAUUUUUAAUAGAACAAAAGAAUGCUGAAGAAACAAAGUCAGAGAACGGUACCUCCAAGUUAACAAACCCAGCAGGUUCAGUCUUAAAUGCACUGAACACUCAGGAUGUUGAAAAAUGUUAUGCGAAUGACAAGGAUAACAUCACACAACACCCACAAAUUACAGAGAAUGCUCAUGAUUAUAGUGAACAAGUUUCCUCAGUAAAAAAUAUCUCUGAAGAAGAACAAGAGUCUACUGACAGCUGCAAGAAGACUCCAACAAGUUUGGAGUUAUUAGACGUUGGAGAACUAGGAAGAUACUUGUCAAAUUUAUGGGAGUUUCAUACCCUAACAUCCGAACAAGAACGGUACGCUGUAAUGCCCCUACCACAGACUGUCGAUGAUCUUGAAUUACCUUCAAGUCUGGAGUGUUUAUCGUAUCCAGUAAAAGGCUCAGAGAAUGGGAAGAGCUCUGGUAAAGAUUAUCUGUUAAAUGCUGGUGGUAAAACACCUGUGGCUUUAUUACAUGAGUACUGUCAGCGAUUUUUGAAGUCCAAACCAGUUUAUCUUGCCAGUGAAUGUGCUAGUUCAGAUAGUCCCUUUGUGGCAGAGGUACAAAUAGAUGGCAUCAAACAUGGCUCUGGGGCUGGUCCCAGCAAGAAAAUAGCUCGCCAAAUUGCUGCUGAAUCUACUCUUGAAGUUCUGUUGCCAGGAACGUUUAAGAAAAUUCGUGAUUAUCAGAUCUCUGAUGCCGAGCUAGAGGUAAGGUCCUGUAGAGACAAGCUAGAGUAGUUAGAUUAACAGUCCUUUAUUCAUCCCAUCAGUCUUAAUUGGCUUGUUUCUUGUCAUUUCUUCACUCCUAACCAUUAAAAUAUUUUUCCUUCUUCAGUUUGAUGUGUUAAUGAGCAAGCAUACAGUUUGUUGUCAUGUGAUUCCUUUAAUGAAAUAAGAAAUGCCAGACGGAGACCCUGAACAUAAUUACAGUACAACCCCACUAACUCAAACCCGGGUUACUCGAACAAGAUCUAAUUUCCCUCAGAUUUGACCUCAUUUUUCCAGUCAUUUAUUAUCAGCUAACUCGAGCAACUCGAACUCUGUUAAAUUGAACUAAAUGUACUAUCCUUUGACUCAAAUUUGCCCUGAUAACUCGAUCUUUAGACAAAAACGUUGUUCGAAAGAUGUCAUAGUGUUGGAACGUAGCUGAUUGACAUCUCCCAUUCUUUAAUCGCGAUUGAUACCAUCGUGGUAACAUUUAUGAGAACGUAAUUAUUUAUCCAAACUUUCCAAACUAAGUUCUUCUAAAACAGCUUUAUGAACGGAAAUGACUGUUGAUUGUCAUUGACUUUGUCACUAUCUGCUAUAUUAUUAUAAUAUUAAUACUGUUUAGCAGAUGUAUUCAUUUAUUUUGUUCUUCUUUAUUUUUACAGUUUUUUGACAAAGUAGACAUCUUGAACCCUCGGCUUUACGAGUUUUGUUCGAAAACCUCUCUCCCCAGUCCCUCACAAGUCCUUGAGGAAUGUGUAAGGAGGUGGGUAGAUAUUUUUAGAAAUUUCCUUUUCUCUUUAGUAUCGUUGAAAUGCAAAAGAAGAAACUGGCUCUGACACUCUUAGUCUACCCUAAAGUAGCGAAUAAAUUAAAGUAAUCAAAAUGAAUGAUAUUCUUGCCUAUUGCAGUUGUUUUUGAUAAGCUUGAAAGAGAGUUUUGUUCCUCUCCCAUAGACAUGUCGUAAUUGGUUAUUACAUCGACCCGAAUGUAAAUUUCUCUCUCUCUCCCUUUGAUAUAGAAAUCAGGGUAUUUGUUCUUCCAUUGAGUUUUCAACCUUCUGCGAACAGGACAAAAGUCUCGUAUUUAUUAUAACGUGUGGCAAGCAUACAGCAAAGGUAAAUUCAAAAAUAUCUUAUCUUGUUCCGAUUAGUUGAUAAAACGUAAAAGGCAAUGUAAUUAUUUUUGUUUUUGGUCGUUUGUGAAACUGAGUUCCGCGGUUGUGUGAACCCCUUACCUUUUGACAGCACUUUAGCAUAUUCAAUUUGAGCAAAGCCUAUUAAAAUCUGUGCCAAAAAAGUGGAAACAUUCUAUGCCUCGCCUGCGACCAGAGUUUUCCGCAGAAAGCUUUCGCAGAGCCAAGGGGAACAUCUUUCAAAUUAUUUCCAUUAGAAAAUUCAACUCACUUUUUUUUGCAGGUUCCUUGUAAAAACAAACGAAUUGGCAAGCAGUUAGCGUCUCAGCAUAUCCUCAAAGUAAGUGUAGAAACAAAUUAGCCCAUAUUUUGUGCAUGCAUUCUGCAGUGCAUGUUAAUGCUGUAAACAGAAGCGUAAAUUUUGAGGCUCGUUGUUUUUAGCCACAGUUUUCAUAAGUCUAGAAAAGGCCUCUCAGAAUUUUGUAAUUCCUCUCUUUGAUCUGCUGUGUCUAUACCAGACUCAAAAGUCGACUAAGUUUCGAAAACACUAGAUUUUUUCGGUAACCUUAGAUUGGUGUUCGAUGAAAAAUGAAGAUAAACUACGAAAGUUGUUUUGUAGGACGACCCGAAAAUUAGUAAAAUUAUAUGGCUUACCAGGAUUCGACGUUUUCGAGUACUUCUUUUCAACACAAAUAUGUGAAGCUAUUUUCACGUUUUUGACAUAAAUUACGGGCGUUCUAUGACCCAUGUGAUUUUAUGUCAUGUCUGUUUUAGAGCCUACAUCCUCAUCUCGAAAAAUGGGGAGCACUUAUGCGGAUCUACUGCGACAGACCUACAGGGUCAAUAAAAAAGGUAUGCUCAUGUAAUACAUUAAUCGUAGUCUCCUGUUACGUUCAUAACAAUUCCAGUUUUGAUACAAACUUACAGUAAUUCAAUUGAAUCAGACCGACGCUCUUCACUUCUUUACUUUUAGUACUUACUUUUACAAUGAAAAAAACGUAAGGCACAGGUGAAUUAAAAGGUUACGUUUCUAAAGAAACUAUCAUAAUGGUGCUGCGUGGGGGGGGAGGGGAUAUUACAUGAUAAUUUGGUUUUUAUCAACUGAGUUGAUAAUGUAAAUUGGCCACCGUGAAGAGAUUCGCUCUGACAAAGGGCCAACGCUUGCUGAGCGGAAACGUUAGCUACGGAAUCUUUCAGCGGUUGCCAAUUCACAUUAAUUCAGUUAAUCAAAUCAAGUUAUUGUCAAACUAUUUCGUGGUUUAGGUUCUUGUUAAGAUGUUGGGCGUUCAACCUUCUAAAGUUUGAUGUUUGUAAUUUAUGUUAAUCGUUAUUAUUUCUUUAAUUCCGGUCCCUGUCAGUGCGAGUUACUUUACCUUACCACGCCACACGAGAGUUUAAGUUUCGUUGCUGGGAAAAAUUGAUGAAAUUUCUUGGCGAAAUUUGCCAAAACGUAUUUCGUUUGUUUGUUUGUUGUCAGUAUCUAAGCAGCUGCGCAUCCACCCCUCCCUUUGCCCUACAAAUUCAACUGAUAACAAGUAAGGGUUAAUGUUGGGUUAGGGGAGGGAUGGGUGCACAGUUGUUGAGAUACUGAUAUUGAUCCGUUUAUUGCAUAAUGCUAUUUUUAGUACAAAAAAGAUGAUAAUGAUACAGCCAAUGAGAAGACAGGAAGCGACUCUUCUGCAAAUACUAAUUUACUUGAGCGUCUCAAAAGCGAGAUGAGAAAACUUAGUUCUGAGGUAUGUCCACAAAAUAAUUCUUUCCUUACUCUACACAAGAGCGCCUCUUAUUAAAGACCCAUUUAUAACAAACUACACAGCCAACCCAACCUGAAACACAGACAACCCACGCGAGUAGUGCAUCACCCUCAACUUAUAUUUGAGCGUACAAGCGAACCCAACCCUUAAAACUAAGCUGCACUUUCUUCACUAUGUAACCUAAACACAACAUUGAUACUUAUUUACAACUGAAUGUUUGUUCGUGCGCUUAUUCAUUAAGACUUUUUUUUUUGUUGCAGAAUGAAAAAGGAAAGACGGACUCUCUAAAUAAACCAGCAGAUCCAGUGUUUACUGUGACUCUCUAAAAAUGGUUGAAUUCAAUCAAAAUUAGACUAUUGUUAAGAAGUAUCAAUUAAUAAAAACAAUUUUUCCGCUGAACAUGCAUAGCAUUUAAGAUAGCCAGUCAGAUUUGUACACUGUAUGUUUUUUAUAAAUGAGAUUCUAUUUCAACACAACUAAUAAUAUCAAAUGUAAAACACAUGAAAUGAUGUUGUUCUACCAAUAUUUUCUAUGUGAAAUAAAAAGAACAGCCGAAACUU